UGUACAUUCUUUGUGCAGAUUGGACCCUCCUCCUCUGUCAGUUGCGUAAGAGGCUGCCUCCUAUUAUAUUCAGAGGCAGGAGUUAGUGGCAGUAAAAGACAGCUCUGACUGCAUGUUGCUGCUGCUACACGGAGGACAUUAGAUUGCCAAGAUGAUUCCUGCAAUUACGCUCAACAACGGAGCCGAAAUGCCUAUUCUGGGUCUGGGAACGUGGAGGUCGGACCCCGGUAAGGUCACCGAGGCCGUGAAGGAGGCUCUAGCGUGCGGCUACAGGCACAUAGAUGGUGCAUAUCUGUAUGAGAAUGAAGAAGAGGUUGGUGCUGGAGUUCAGGCUAUGAUCGACCAGGGAGUUGUAAAGAGGAAGGAUGUGUUCAUCGUCAGUAAGCUAUGGUGUACGUUCCACGUCCCGUCGAUGGUGAGGGGAGCAUGUGAGAAGACUCUGGCAGAUCUGAAGAUGGAUUACUUGGACCUUUAUCUGAUGCAUUUCCCUAUGGGAAUGAAGCCAGGGGAUGAUCCAUUCCCUCUAGAUGAAGAAGGCUACGCAAUCCCUGAUGACAGCAACUUCUUGGACACUUGGGAGGAAAUGGAAAAGCUUGUGGAUGCUGGGUUGGUCAAAGCCAUCGGCGUCUCCAAUUUCAACAAAGACCAGAUUGAAGCCAUACUCAACAAGCCCGGCCUCAAGUACAAGCCUGUUAACAACCAGAUCGAGUGCCACCCAUACCUGACCCAGGAGAAGCUGAUAAACUACUGCCACUCGAAGGGCAUCUCAGUGACAUCUUACGGCCCACUGGGUUCCCCCGACAGACCCUGGGCUUCGUCUGAUCAACCCUCUCUGCUCGAAGAACCUACGAUCAAAGCCAUUGCUAAAAAGUACAACAAGACUCCAGGGCAGAUUCUCCUCAGGUUCCACAGCCAGAGGAACGUGAUAGUCAUUCCCAAGUCAGUAACACCCCAUCGCAUCAAGGAAAACUUCCAGUUGUUUGACUUUGAGAUAAGCCAAGAUGACAUGACGACCAUGCUGAGCUUAAACAAGAACUGGAGAGCAUUUGAUAUGAAAUGGGGAUCAAAACACAAGGACUUCCCCCUGAAUACAGAAUUCUAACCGAGCCAAACAUUAUGAUGCACUAUUUCUGCAUCAGUUCCUGAGACUUAAACAAAUCCUUAGCUUCUACCUUACUAAUGUGCUUUUAUAGACAGUGCCUGAAUAACUCUUCCUGCUCGUACUUGAAUCUGUUGUUUCACAAUUCUUACAUUUAUAUUAGGAAUUAAAUGAACUGAACACUAAGGUGUGUAACUUUUAUAUUUUGAUUUGAUUAUGAUCUGUUACUUCAAAUACACGUUGACUGUGAGUGAAUAAAUGCUGUGUAGCUACGGAAGCGGGGUUUUGUUGGACCAAAAAAAAUUCACCGAAAAUGUUGAAACACUGUUACCGGGACCAGUAAUAUAAAACUAAAAACCGCACAAUUACUGCACGUUUGUGGAUGUCACUCACGUACAAAGACUGUAUAAGAUGCAAAAUACAGGAACUGGAGACAAUAAAAAAGUUCGUUCAAGAGAAGUGAUCCAUGCACUACAGUAUGUUGCCAUGUUUGAAAGCUCCGUACUAAAGGAAACUCAACAAACACCAUCAAGCACAAACAGUACUAACAAAGACAGGCUUAAAUAUUUACAUGUGCUCAGCCCAAUGUGACUCAUUUAUGCAGUGUUUGGUUUAUCUUUUUCAUGAUAUAUUUAUACUGUUCCUAUGUGUUUCUUGUUUUCCUAAUGAAUCACUGUUACUGUGUCAGACUGUUCAUUUCUGUGCAGAAUUUGUUACAUGAAUAAACUUGCUUUUAGUACGAACCAUA